UAAAUUGUUGGUUGUAUGUCACGGAUGCAGGUGUGAUAUCAUUGUAUUGAUAACGUGAAAUAUAAACUGUGAAAUAUUGAUAAUAACAAGAGUGGAUAAGCAAGAUCAGAUCUAGAUAUCUCAUAUCGCUGGUUAUUCUUACAAGGUGUGCGUGAUAAUUUGGAUGAUGUUGAAAAUCCUCGGAGAGUUAGCCCUGUUGGGGGCUAUUGCUUCGGUGUUUGUUGUGGCUGCACAGGGUAGGGCCCAGGAGAGAGCUGCUGAAGAAUCAUCAGGUCGAGAAUACAUGCGGAAGUUAGAUGAAAUUAUGGGUAAUGCUAAAAACAAACUUGCAUUGGCAUCGUGGGAUUAUGAGUCUAAUAUAACAGAUUUUAAUGAAAAGCGCCUGCUCCAAAUAUCUCUUGAAAUAGCCGAAGAACAAAAAGAAUAUUGGAAAGAAACUAUGACAUAUUUUUGGCAUGAAUUUGAAGAUGAAGAUUUGAAAAGAAUGUUUAAGAAGUAUUCUAUAUUGGGUACAUCUGCUCUUCCCGAAGAUUUAAACCAACGGCUCAUUCAAGCUAUCAACAACAUGAAAUCCACAUACGCGAAAGCAACCAUAUGUGACUACAAAAAUAUAUCUAAAUGUGACUUAACCGUUGAACCAGGUGUUACUGAUAUUUUUGCCAAAAGUCAAGAUCCAGAUGAACUAAAACAGGCAUGGUUGGAAUGGCAUAAGUCAGCCGGUGCAGCUUCCAAGAGCUACUUCACCGAAUACGUACAAAUGUACAACGAAGCUGCCAAACUUAAUGGGUUAGAAAAUGUCGCCGAGUGGUGGAUUGGUGAGUAUGAAACAGAAGAUAUUGAAGAUCAAUUAGCCGAUCUUUGGACUCAAGUGAAGCCUCUGUACGAACAGAUUCAUGCGUACGUAAGGCGACAUUUACGUCUGAAGUAUGGCGAUGCUGUGUCAGCUAAAGGACCAAUACCAGCUCAUUUAUUGGGAAACAUUUGGGCCCAAACUUGGAGUAAUGUUGAAAAAUUCACGUCACCGUCUCCGGAUAAGCCCGAUGUUGAUGUUACGGCGGCGCUCAUUGAUCAGAACUAUACGCCAUUAAAGAUAUUCCAAACAGCAGACGAGUUCUUCAAGUCACUGAACCUGACUGGGGUUCCAGACCUGUUUUGGGAACGAUCAAUAAUAGAGAAACCAGAUGACGGUCGUGAUAUGGUUUGCCAUGCAUCAGCAUGGGAUUUCUUUGAUGGCGAAGAUUUCAGGAUAAAGCAGUGCACAACGAUAACGAAUGCCUUCUUCAAAACCACUCACCAUGAACUAGGUCAUAUACAGUACUACUUGCAAUACAAGGAUCAACCAAUAGUCUAUAGAGAGGGAGCUAAUCCAGGUUUUCAUGAAGCAGUAGGCGAUGUUAUAGCUUUGUCAGUGUCAACACCAAAACAUUUGAAAGUAAUGGGCCUCUUGGAAGAUGGUCCAGAAGACAAUGAGUCUAACAUCAAUCAACUGUACAAAAUGGGAUUGGACAAAAUAGUGUUCCUGCCGUUCGCGUAUCUGUUAGACUUAUGGCGUUACGGAGUGUUUCGUGGUACAACAACGCCAGAAAACUAUAACUGUCACUUCUGGCAGCUGAGAGAUGCUAUUCAAGGUAUAGAGCCCCCUGCACCACGAAGUGAAGAUGACUUUGAUCCUGCUGCUAAGUACCACGUAUCUGCUGAUGUUGAAUACAUGAGAUAUUACAUUUCCUACAUAGUUCAGUUCCAGUUCCAUCGAUCGUUGUGUCAACUUGCUGAUGAGUACCAGCCCGGUGAUUCCACCAAACAGUUAUCUAACUGUGAUAUUUACAAGAGUACUAAAGCAGGAAAUGCAUUGAAGGAUAUGCUGAAAGUAGGAUCGUCUAGACCUUGGCCGGAUGCUAUGGAAGCGUUGACCGGCCAAAGGAAUAUGGACGCCAGUGGAGUUAUGGAGUACUUCCAGCCUCUGUACGACUGGUUAAAGACUGAGAAUGAACGCACAGGAGAAUAUAUUGGAUGGGAGCCCAGUACAGUCCAAUACUGCACACCAGAACAGCUCAACAACUUGAAGGAUUCGCCAUUGAAGAGUCAACUCAACAAAUUCGCAAAUUGACUGUUUUCAUUAUAAUUUUUACUUAUGUUGCACCAAUAUUAAAUUUUAUGUCUA